AGCUUCGACGCGACGUUACGUGUUGUUCGCCGGCUAAACCAGCCUUCCUCGAUCGGCUGGUCGCGUUUUUUUCUCGCGAGUGUGUCAGUGCCCGGUGUAUCGUCCGCGUUUCUCGCCCCUCGUCUCUAUGGAAUUCUUCCUCGCGGUUUAACCCCUUAUCAACAUCGAACAGCGCGUAUUAUAACCAACGACAGGCGAACCCACAUCACUCGAACGAGAUGACGUUUGAUUCGUUCGACGCUCUCGUGGAAACGUUCCACCCUCUGCGUCCUAGAACGGAAGGAAGGAUCACCAGCUGGACACCGAGCUCUGGCGAACCACACAACUGAGCGCCGAGCUGUUUACGCGAACGGUGUCCUACCGGUUGAAUUGUUAUUGUUGGGGGAGGUUUGGAAACUCUGACGAUCCGAUCGCAGCUUGGAAUCGGUACAGUGCGAUGCUGCCGAUCGCGUGGUUCCGUGUGCGUGUCAUCUUCUUGUGAUUGUGUGUGUGGAGUACAGUGAACCCGGCGGACGGUUACAUCGUUUCGUACACGAACUUCCUGCGGCUCCUCGAGUGUUAUCGAAUCCCGCCAACUACGAAUGCAGGCUGACAGAACCCGAGUGCAGUAUUCUAAAUCGUACCCUCGAAUAGUGACCGAACCGUUCGCGUGAAUGAUAUCGUGCAUCGCGUCGCAUGAGUGUCCCCGCGAGCCUGUCCCUCCUCGAGCGAAGCCGCGCUUCUAGAAACGACGAUGGGGACGAGAUCGAGGAAUUAGGCUCAAACGAUCCGAAAGGCACGUCUCGACGCGUUUCAAUCGAUUUCGAAGCAUGCCUCAAGACUCGUAGACGCGAUUCCUCGUCUGCUGCUGGUCCUGGUUAUCCAGAAUGGCGAGAGCGAAGUUAAUUAAAGCCAAUGAUCGAAUCUAAUGGGAAAACCGCAAGCCUGCGUCGGUGUGGCGCGCAGUUAGCGCUCGAGCAGGUCUAAAUGAAGAGCGAUCGUCGCGGGGACAGGUGAUCGAUACCGAUUGCGAGGAGCGGCCGCGAGCCGGGCGAGCGUGUGUGCGCGCGCGCGUGUUCGCAGGGUAAUCGUGGCGGUAGCGCGCGCGGGGGAGGGCCGGAUAGCAAGAUGGAACUCUUCCUGAUUCUCGUCUGUCUGAUUGCACCGCCCACCCUCUCGCUCUCGAUUAAGGGCCAGCUCAAUCCACGGAUCGUUCAGACCCGAUACGGCGAGGUGCAAGGGCUGAUACGAACCUUCGACUACGGAAAGAACACAAAGUCAGUGGACGUCUACCUGGGGAUACCGUACGCCACCCCACCGGUCGGUGGUAACAGAUUCUCACCGACCAGGGCGCCCAGCCCGUGGGAAGGAGUCAGAUUAUCGGACUCGGUCGGUCCAGUUUGCCCCCAAAAGCUGCCCGACAUCUCGAAUGAGCAAGAAGCACUGGAGCGUAUGCCGAAAGGCCGGCUGGAGUACUUGAAAAGACUGCUGCCACAUCUGCGGAAUCAGAGCGAGGAUUGCCUCUACUUAAACAUCUACGCGCCCGCCAUGGGGAUGGCAGACAACGGAAGGAGACAUCCGGUGGUGCUGUACAUCCACGGUGAGAGCUACGACUGGGGUAGCGGAAACCCCUACGACGGGGGCGUCCUGGCCAGCUACACCGACCAAGUGAUCGUCACGAUGAACUACCGGCUGGGCGUGCUCGGUUUCCUGAACGCCAACGUGGCGCCCCAGACCAAGGCGAGGGUCGCGAAUUACGGUCUGAUGGAUCAGAUCGCGGCGCUUCACUGGGUCAACGAGCACAUCGCCCUCUUUGGCGGCGAUCCCAACAACGUGACGCUGAUGGGCCAAGGAACGGGCGCCGCGUGCGUUCAUUUUCUCGCCAUCAGCCCGACAGUCAUACGCGGUCUCUUCAAGAGAGCCAUCCUGCUUUCCGGCAGCGCCCUUUCGUCGUGGGCAGUGGUCGAGGAUCCUGUCUCGUACGCGUUGAAGCUCGCCAAGGCUAUCAACUGCUCCAUUCCCGAGGACCUGUUCAAGGACAACGAGCUGAUCGUCGACUGUCUUCGUAAACGUAGCCUGGACGAGCUGAUGCAGGUCGACAUCCAGCCACCCACUUUCCUCAGCGCUUUUGGGCCCAGCGUGGAUGGCGUGGUCAUCAAGCCUGACUUCCAGAAGGACCUGCUGUCCUACUUGGGCCCCGAAUUCCAAGGAUUCGGGCCACUUCCAAAAAAAGCUGAGCACGGAGCCCCGAUCACCAGCAACAACAAAUACGAUUUGUUAUUCGGCGUGACCAACAACGAGGCUCUGUGGAAGUUCGCUGAAAAGGAUGUGCAGAAAGGAUUCGAGGGCGAGAGGCGAGACAGAAUCAUCAGGACGUACGUGAGGAACGCCUACGUCUACCAUCUCACGGAAAUAUUCUACACUGUGGUGAACGAGUACACGGACUGGGAGCGAACUGUGCAACACCCCGUGAACACGAAGGACGCCUGCGUCCAGGCGCUCAGCGACGCCCAGUUCGUGGCGCCCCUUGUGCAAACUGGUGAUCUCUUCACUUUAAGACACACGAGGAAGUCCAACAAUCGUGACAUUACGCCAGUACCAGAAACUGUGGAGGAACCCAUGCCCAAAACGUACUUCUACGUGUUCAACUAUCAGAACAAAGAUGGCGGCUACCCCGAGAAGAUGGGCUCGGUUCACGGCGAAGAAUUGCCUUUCGUUUUUGGAGCGCCGUUGGUGGAUGGAUUGGGCCACUUCCCGAGGAACUACACGAAGUCUGAAAUAACACUCUCGGAGAGUAUUAUGCAGUUAUUCGCCAACUUCGUCAAAACUGGAAAUCCGAACGUGAUGGAUCACCACAACCGAUACGACACGCUUCUGCCUGCCAACCGGGAGAAAGACCGCUUUCGCAACUUGACAUGGGUGCAAUACGACCCGGUGCAUCAGAAAUACCUGGAAAUCGGUCUCAAACUAAGGUCGAAGAGUCAUUAUCGAGCUCAUCAACUUUCCGUGUGGCUACGUCUCGUCCCAGAGCUUCAUCGAGCAGGAAUGGAGGAAGUGGACUCCAGGCACAAUCUAUUCCGAGGUCACUCUGAUCCUGGCCUUUACGACGGUUUAGUAAGGCCAGACCCUCUCAGCAGGAUCAGCGAGGAAUUCAAAAGGAAAAACAUUACCACCGAGCCAACGACCACCACCGAUUAUAACGCCGCCACUUGUGUCAGUUACAUCCAGAGCACGAACCUCCAGAACGUUCACAAUGCCAGCACAGAUACCCUGGCCAGUUUGGACGCAGCUGGGUACGCCGCGUACUCGACGGCCCUGAGCGUCACGAUCGCCAUCGGGUGCAGCUUGUUGAUCCUCAACGUUCUCAUUUUCGCGGGCGUCUACUAUCAGAGGGACAAGACGCGGCUCGAAGUGAAGAGCCUUCAGCAGCAACAGAUGUUGAAUCAACAGUGCGGACCGCGUGGCUUCACCGAGCUCAAACAGCCGCCACCGCCUCAUUCCCACUUCCCCGGUGGCGGUCAGGUGAUCGUCGACGUUGAAAACGAGAUGUUAAGAAGGAACGUUAUGAAAGGCCCUCCGAACGAUCCCAACACGCUUCUCCAACAGGGCCAGGGAACUCACACGUUGCCUCAUCAACAUCACUAUCAAAAGCAACAUCAGCAACAGCAUGCCACUCUUCCCCGAGCUUCCGUCAUACAGGACAUGAACGCGCAAACCCAAGGUCCACCAAACGGAUCUAUACACCUGACAGUACCGAGAGCACCACCACCCCCUCGAGCAAAGAGUCCACCAGAAAACCAGCCCCUACUGCAGAGCGCCACAGUGUCGAGUCGCGUGUCCCAGGCAGCAAUGAGCGAGAUGAGAGUGUGAUGCUUGGACCCCCCUCCGAAGCCAGUCGUCCCGGAUGUCCUGACGGCAUCGACCUUGCUUUAAGAGUCUCGUCGAUGCCGCUCGAGGUCCCAUCGAGGUGAACGCGAGUCGACCAAAGGCUGAACAAUCUUUGGAAAAUCGUUCGAGUUCCCUGGGAUCUCAAGGCUGCGGCGAACAAAGCGCUCGACUGGCACCUGGAUCCGAGCAAGUAGCAUCUAAUCAACUACCUGCGCGUCCAGGUGACGACGAGCCAAACGACUAACGGAGGGGGGUGGACGGAGCUUACGCUCGAUGGUGAAAAACGCGACGAAAGUCGAAGAGGAGAGGAGACAAUGGGUGGAAUACGAGGUAUCCGUCGCAGGAACGACGUCGGGCGAUGCAAUCGGAUCAUGGACAAGAUAAAGAACGAGUGGUUUUCGUAGAGAUGUGAUUAUUAGGCAUUGAAUUACUUCACGCGAGUACGAGGACUCUCGAGAGGGUCUAGAUACGACGAACGUUCGGUUAUUUUGAAAGGUUGCGAGAGGCUGAGCUGCGAUCGAAGCAGAAACGUUUGAUGAAGGUUAUUUUGAAAGCUCGCGAGAACCACGACUCGGGAGAACGUCAAGCUGGAGGUUCGAGAGGUCUAGGCUUUUGUGAGGAUGCCAAAGGGAGAAUCUUGGCACGGCGGAUGGCACGACGGAUACCAGGAGUCUAUCGUGAUCGGGAUAAAUGGAUCGUAAAUAUUCUCGAUGAGGAGAUUCAAUCGAACUUCAAUCAAACAUCAUUUCAAAACGGAAUCAAACGCAGUACAUUCAGCUAGCUAGUCGAUAAUAAUAAAUUCUAGGUGUUACGGGGAGAGGAGAGAGACGCUCAACAACAUGAAUCGAUCAUGGAGAACCCUGUAUAAAACGCUAUCCACUACGAUGUUAGAUGUUCCUUGUACAUAAAGUGAAUUUAUACCGUAAGAACGCCAAAAAACGUUUGCUACUUUCUAAGAGGACCUGUACUCGUGUCGCGUACCGUUUAGUCGUCCGUUCUUUCCCUUUCUCUCUUCGUUUCUCUGUAAACGUUACGCGGUGUAAGUGUGCGAGAUCAAAGCUCGGAUCAUCGAAAGAACAUUGCCCUAUUGACCGGUCGACUAGCUUUUGAUUGAUCAAAGAGGAAAGACAUCUGUUUCUGAACCUUUCUCUCAACUGUUGGCUGAGUUAUCAAAAAAUGUAUUGCUUGUCGGGAUGAACAAAACAAUGUGAAUAAUUGUACUUGAUGUAGUCCUUGGAAGUAUCGAAAUAUUUAUUUAUUUUUUUUUUUUGGAAUAUUUUUUAAUGUAUUUUAAUAUUGGGUUGUCCGGAAAGUCCAUGUCGAUUUUUGGCAGGUGGUACAGGUCUGAAUACAUCGAAGUGGUUGAAAACAAAUAACAUGCAUACAUUUCCUUAAAAGGUGGAAAGGUUGUGGAACAAAAUGGCACUUAUGCAAUUUAAUAAAUAUAUAUUAAAAUUCAAACGUGUAUUUGAAUGUUCCUUAGAAAUUGGCACAAACUUUCUGGACAACCUAAUAUAUUAUUACGUAGAUUUUUGAAAAGAGAGUAGGACCACAAGGGAAUAACAUUGAAAAAGCCAUCAUUCGAAUUCCUUUAACAUCCACACAAUAAUGGACUUUUUAAAUCUUGCGAUCAUCCUCCGAUUCCUUCUGAAUUAAUUACAGCCUCCAUUUUUUACAUAAAUAAGUACUCUUAUUUACAAUAUAUGAUUGUACAUCAUUUUCCAUAUUUCAUUGAACAAGCAGACAAGGUUUACAUGUGAAUUGCUCCAUAAAUGUAUCAUGGAAUUGGGGAUCAUAGCAAAAUUGAAAGUAGCAAGCACGAUGGACCGUCCACAAACAUUCCAUUUCUUCAAAAAUCUCAUAAAAUACGACGUAAUUUUCAUUCGAAUACCUUUACUGCCAUAAAUAGUUUCUACCCUCUACAAAAUCAAAUGCAAACAAAAACAGGAAGAUCAAACAACCAAUAGUUCUAUCUGAGAGGUCUCCUAGAGGAUACCAAUCACUUUCACCAAUCAAAAGCUUUGGUCAUCGACUAACAACUCAAUUAAUCAUCCCAUUGUCCACAACUGUUACCCAAAAGGUCUCGUCUUUCAUUCGGAAACGAAAAUUGAACCGAACGAUGCCUCUUUUGAGAAAGACUCGUCGCUUUCAUGAUGUUUUAUCGACGCAUUGGGAAUCACCGUUUUUUCUACGUUUUUGGUAACACUGAGGAAUCUGCCGCCGAAGAAUAAAAAAAGAGAUUUCAUUUCACAGAUAACACCGCGUAAUCGAAAAUUGUACGAAUCCACGCUAAUUCUUACCAAUGUCAAAGUGUCGGGAAGACAAGUGACUCGAUGAAUACCGAAAGUGUGCGUGACUUUUUGUAAAGAUAUACGUAUACAUAUAGGUGUAACAUACAGAAUAAGAUAAAUCCGUUAUUAUGCGUAACACACUGCCAGAAAACUCGGGAAUUCACGAGGUAAAAUACAGCAGAGUGUAUCUAAUCCAUCAGAACGAUAAGAAGCAAUUUUCAAAUUUAUUUAAUAUUCGUAGCGCCAUCUUAUAACAAUUGGCGCAACGCUGUCCUAAUUUCCAUGUUUUACUCAGCUAGUACAAGGUUAACUUUUGUUUAGAUAACAUUUAUUUAGUGUGCUUCGAAGGAUUAAUCACUGAACGGAGUUUAACACCUUCACUGCUGUUGAAAGAUCAAAAUUAACAUGAAUAAUUAAGUUUUUGGUUGAGCUACCUUCGUUGAAAACACAAAAACCGGAGCACACGAUAUUAUUACCUUCGUGUUUCAAACGUAGUAGCGCCACCUUGCGUUAGAAGCAGUAAACGUGUUAAAGGAAGUUCUCACGUUCGAUGGACUUGAAGUUCUGUUUUAAAUAAAGCGAAACUCAGCCGUGAAAACCGAGCUUAAAGGGGAAAAGAGCACGUGUUAGUUAAAAAAAAAGGAAUCAAAGUUUUUGUACAUACAUUAAGCGAUUAAAGCAGAAUAAAUCAAAGGAUGCGUUUUCAAUGUUCUCAUCGAGUAUGGCACCGACGUUAGAAAACCGAUUGGACGUUUUCGACAUUAUCGUGAACGAGAUAAGAACGAGGAACAAAGUUUGUUGCACCGAAUAACGUUUUCUUUUCAUUUAAAAAAAAAAAAAAGGACUCGCGGAAGUAACGGAAUUUCGUGGGAAAGUUACAUAAUAAAUAUCAUCAAGUACGGACAAUCCGAAUAUAUUAAAGACUAAAAAGAAAAGCGAGUAAUAGUAGAGGUAAUUAAGAACAAGCCGCGGUCGGUUAAAGGAGAAUAACGCUGAAGAGAAACACUGAACCGGUUAAACAGAAUCUGUUUAACAGAUGUUUAAGAAAAUUUAAAUAACGUAUAUUACAUAUACAUAUUACGGAUUGUAAUGAAUUUAUUAUGACGAAUAUUAUUAUAUUUAUGUGACUUUUAGCUGGCCUUGCGCUCCACUCGAAAGAUGACUCGAAACUAAUCUUUCGGCCGAGGGCGAGACUACCUGUUACGUUUAACAUUUCUGUUAUCAAAUUGUAAAUAUAUAACAAAUACAUGGA